UGGGAAUUAUUUGACUUACUAAUAUUCAGUUUUCAACGCUAUUAACUUAUUAAUAUCUUUUUCCGCUAUUAACUUAAUUUAUUCUUUGUAGUAUGUUAAAAUAUUUAGUAAGUGUAUGUAUACCUAGAUGUGCAAAAUAUGUUGCUUUUAAAGAAAAUUGUGGUAUUGUUUUAUGUAUUUCUCACAGUUACUUCUGAAGAAAAUGUAACUAGUGACAGCAGUAAUUUGGUAGCUUUGGUUCAAAUUAUUAGACAUGGAGAAAGGACACCAACAAAUUUUUACAAAAAUGACCCAUAUCAAAAUGAAACUAAUUGGCUACCUCUCGGAGAGCUUACACAUCAAGGAAUGCGUGAAGCUGAGCAAAUUGGACAAUUUACGAAAAUAAGAUACGCUAAUUUUUUCCCAAAAAAAUACGAUAAUAAUUUUGUCUAUGCCUUGACAACUAAUGUAGAUAGAGCCCAUAUGUCAGGCCAAUGUUUCCUCUACGGUCUUUACCCGGCUACACAGGAAGAGACUUGGAAAGACGGUCUUAAUUGGCAACCGAUUCCUCUGCAUCAAGCGAGUCCAAGGAUCUUUCACAAUCACCCCUACAAUUGUCAGAAGUAUACUACAGCUUUAGGUACAGUAUAUAGCAGAAAUGCAAAAGUAUAUGAUCCACUUUUUAAGAAAUAUAAAGCUGCAUUUGAAUAUAUGACAAAAAAAACAGGCGAUCCAAUUAACAACUUUCUGAAGGUAUUGACUCUUCAUGAUUGUCUAUACGUUGAAGAAAAGAAUGGAUAUAAGUUGCCAGAAUGGACAAAAGAAAUAUAUCCUGAACCCAUGAGGACAAUGGCAGCUCUUGGUUAUAGAUCGUUAACUGAAGAUAUUCAACUUAAACAAUUCUAUUGUGGGACUUUACUUACCGAUAUAGUAAAAUAUUUACAUAGAGCAGCUACAAACAAACCACACACUCCUAAAUAUCGGUUUUACAGCGGUCACGAUACUAUCUUAGUCGCACUUUUAAAUUCCUUAGGAGCAUUUGACCCGCCUAUCAAGCCAGAAUUUUCAAGUUCCCUUUACAUUGAAUUACGCCGUAAACCAAAAAAGGGUCACUACGUAAACGUUUACUUUAAGAACGGAAAGAAAAUUACAUUAAUAAUAGUUAAAAACUGCAAGAAGAAUUGUCCCCUGAAAGAGUUUAAAGCAGCUCUACAAGAUGUUAUGAUAGACGUUAAGAGAUUGAGGGAAAUGUGUGGAAGUUCAUCACAAGCCGAAUUUCAAGCCACUUUACAUAAAUUAUUUUCUAAUGAUCCUGUUAAAGUAUAACUUCGAAUAAAGUAGUAAAUAUUAGCAAA